AUCGUGCAUGCGAUUGGCAUCAUCUGUCUCUAGGCUGCCGUGCAGGGCUCGGAAGACUCUGUAGCUGAAUGCAUUGAUUCGUGCAUUAACGUGCAGGCUUGCUCGGAGAUGGAGCGCCACGGCAUGGAAGAGUCGUUUCAACGCACGACAGCAGUCGGAGAAACACAUCCGAGCCAAACACCUACUGGCGGUACGCACAAGAACAAUACAAUAGUAGGCGAUUUCCCCAGCGAAAGUCCCCCUGCUGCUGCUCCCGUGCCAGCUCUAGGCAGGCCUCGGACUCCCGGCUCGGUUUCGGCCGUGAAGGAUGGAAAGAAUUUGUUAUCCGCGUUCAGACGCAACAAGCGGCGGAACCGAGACGCUAUCGGCGGUGGUACAACGAGCACUCCUCCGGCCAUCCCUGUUCCGCAAAGCCACGUCAAUCACAGCAACCCUUCUUCGGAGGGGACACUUCCUGCCGACAAGAGCAUCGUAGACAAUAUCGUCAGGUUUCAGUCUGGAGCCCCAGAUCUUGCGCGCAACCUCGAGGCCCCGUUGGAUGCUUCGUUGCCCCAGCACCGUCGUGCUCAAGCCCAGCACGAUAACGUUGGCGGAGACGGUGGCAGCGUUGGUGGCGAUGGUCUUACGAGUGAAAGGAACGAUGGGGAACCAAAGUCCGAGAAGGACCUUGAGGUGGCUACUGAAAGCCGUUCUAACGGCGGCGCUGUUGCUGUUGCAUGUGGUGCAAGUGGUUACGCAGCUGAGUUGUCUGCUGGCGAUGAGGCAGGUGACUGCUGUGGUGCUGGCGAUGUUGACGACUCUGUUGCGACGGCCGCCGCCGCCACUGCCGAUGCCGAUGCCGAUGCCGAUACCGAUGCUGCAACAGCAGCCUCGAAAGCUUCUCCGCCGAAGAAAGACAACAGCACAACUAGCGAGGGGUCACCUCCAAGACCAACGCCCGAGAUUGUGCGACAGGCAGCGCGAACGUCCCAGGCCGCCUUCCUGUCCAGCGUCCUACCGACGCAAAACUUGGACUUCGACACUGCCAACAGUGACAGCUCAAACCCUUUCACUCGCGCAGCCCUGCCAGAAAGUCCGCCCAACGGCCGCCACAGGAGUCCCGUAGUGGGGCCAGGAGAACCUGGCCGUGCGUCAGGGAUCGGGGGGGGCGGGGUUUCAGGCUUGGGUGCAGCGAUUUCGUCAGGAAAUGGUGUGGGGCUGACAAGCUCCGACACGCGGGCUGCGGCCCGGUGGGCCUCGAUGCGGCGUCUUGAAGACCAAGGCGCGGGGCUCGGCAACGCUGCGGAUCAUCAGCUGGCUCGGGCGCUUCAGCUCUGCAGAGAUCUUCGUGGACUGAAGGCCGGCAUGGGAGGCGGGUCCCAAUCGGGGCACGAGCGAGCGUCCCGGCUCGACGCUCUCCAGUCGACCCUCCAUGGCCUUGAAGAAGUCCUGUCCAAGCGGCGCGUCGUUGACCAGACAGCCAGGGCAGAGGCGGAGGCCCUAGGCGGACCGGCCUCCGUGUGGAGCCUGCUGAACGGCGACGAAGGCAGCGGUACCGACAAGGAUCAAACCCAGGUUUCUUCUUCGGGAAGACGGGAGGGAGCGGCCACAGGGACGACGACCGCGAUUGGCGGCGGCAGCGGGGGUUGGUUGACAGGCUCACAGCUCAAGGCUUUCGAGAAGAAUGUCGAGGCCAGGACUUCGAUAGAGAUAUCGGCGCUCGAAUCUGAGCGGCGGAAGCUGAGGAGCAAAGUGGAAAUGUUCCAGAGACAGGUGCAACUCCUGCAGCGGGAUGGCGCGGGACACUCUCCUGCCCCGGCGAACGGCAGCACGGGCAAGAUCGGCGGCUAUCCCGCCGCCGCUGCCGCCGCCACGAGCGAAGUUGACAAUGGUGCCGGCGGCAGGUUCGGUGCGGCCGCUGGAGAAAAGCGCUUUGCGGACCUGCUGGACGCUCGCCUUGGCGAAGAACGCAUCGUUCAGGCCACACUUGAGGCGGAGCUGGCCUCCCUCCGACGAACCAUCGAGGAAAAAGACGGCCUCAUCGGUGCCCUCCGCGAGGCCCUACGCUCGGCCGCAACGCCCGCAAGAGGUGGCGAUGCUGCAACCGCGAGGGCGGGCACACUUGCCGGGCACGGUGCGGCGCAAUCAUCAGCACGCCGGAGGAGCGCCGACGGCAUGUCCACGCCGCGCUCCGCCGACGACCAUGCAGUGGUGCCCACACGGGGGGUGUUAUUGCCCCGCAGCAGUGACAGCAGCCGAAGCCUAGGUCGUUAUCACUCGCGCUCGUCGCGUUUCCUCAGCGCUCAGGGGCCGGUGGCGGCGGCGGCGGCGGCGGCGGCAGAAGCGGCCGCUGCGGUUGCUUCGCGCCAUGAGCGCGCGGGACCGUGGAGCGGGAAAUCGUCUGUUCACGGCAGCAGGUACGCCGCCACCGGCGAGGACAGAGUCGAAGAAAUUCGGCGCCCCCGCCCGAUCGGCGACGGCAACGACGACGCGGAUUCGACAGUGUCGGCCGUUGGCGGAGUCGGAGGAGCGUCCGACGAGGUAACGGCGCGCAGCGGCAACACCAGUGCCACUACGGAAGCAGGCCCCGUCGCCACCUCUAACGGCGGUGAACACGCCGCUGCCGCGGCGACUAUGUUUAGGAACCGGACUGGUGGCGAUUUCUCUGGGCGAGGAACUGCCCCGGAGAGUGCGGAGGGAAACGCUGACAUCAUUUCUCAGGCAACGGCGAUGACCUCGUCGGCUUUGAGGAUGCUGUGGAACUCGGCCUGGGGGAUGGGAUCGAGAGUGAGGCUAGACGGUGGUGGCGAUGUCUUGGAGUCUCCGAGGAAAGCACAGCGACAAGGAGGGAGUUCAUCACAUGCCGUGCUGAUUCUGUGAUGGAUUGGUUUCCAACAUGGCAGGACAGCAGUCCUCAUCUGGAAAUUGAACGGGGAGAAAGGAUUCGUGUGAAGAGUGGAUGAACGUUUUGAAGCAAAGUUUUCCGAGGAAAGGGACGGUCGUUGUGAACAGUUAAUUGAGGGUUUGGAGCAACUCUCGGUUACUGUCUUGUCUCUCCGAGAGGCAGCGGGUGCGAAGUUGUAAUGUUUAAAUGUACGGUUUUUAUUGUGGAGCAAGAAGUGUUUUGGGGAGAGGUUGCGGUGGCCUUUCAUGUUACCCAGUUUCGACUUUCAUUGGAUGCUUUGGUAUAUUUUGUACGCGGCACUACUGUACAUUGGCAAACAUUUCAUGUUCUGCUAAAAAUAACAGCAAAAGGUACGGACGUAGAAUCAGGAAAUGUUUAUCUCCCCCUCCCCCACAGGUUUAGCACUGUCCGCGGUGCGCCGACCACGAUUGAUCAGUGGGGCAAGCGUAGUUGUAUGCAUAGCCCUUCCAUGGAUGGUGGCUCUUCCAUGCGCCUGCAAGAAGAAUACUUGGCUCUUCUUACUCCUCAAACAUUGUCCUCACGUUGUGCGUAGUCCCCGCGACAGGCGACAGGCGGACUUGUGUGCGCUUGAUAAUUCAGCGCGGUGUGCAUCGACACGCCUAUCCAGGGGAAUCGUGGCCAUGUCGACGUGCAGUUUGAAAAGGGGGCCUUGCUAGCAUUCCCGCAGUUCGGCGUAGGAUGCUU